UAUUACAAUGCAUGUUAGUCAAAUCUAAGCCAAAGGUAGAUCAAGAAAAGGACAAGGAGACUAGAAAAGGUAAGUAUUGCUUUUAUUUCUCUCUCCCAAGAAUGAGGAGUAAAGGGAACCAAACUAGAUGUAACACCAAGCAUCUGAUUGGUCUUUCUGUUGUUGGUUUUUCUUUACUAAAUUGCAGCUGCAGGAGUUCAAUCCAGAUAAGGGCCAUGUGCAAGACAGGAGAGGGAGAUUUAACCCUGUGCUAUAGUCCUGAUUUGGGUUGUCCCUCACUCCACAUGUUUUCUCUUUCCUAAGAAGGAAAUUGCUAUUCACAUGGUUGCUGUCAGAGCAGAUAAGUGUGAAGCCACAGAUUAAAUUAAUUCAAAUAACAGAUCAAAUGUUUCUAAAUAUCCUAUUUCAAGAUGGAAUCCUUUACUGAAUAGUCUAAAACCUAUGUCUACAUUUUUACAAGUGUCGCCAGCCAAUCUGAGCUACUUCUUCCUUGUAGAAGACUUCACAGAAGCAUUGUAAGUAAAAUUUAAAGGGCAAUUCAAUAAUGUAAACAGAUUGCUCUUAACUAAAUAACUGUAUCGACAAUCUGCUUCAUUCCCAAACAAACAAACUAGAACUAAUCUGUCUUUCGCAGAACUCUGGGGUUGUCAUUUUCUUCUGAAAAGAUUGUUCUAUCUUUAACUUGAUGCACAAUAUGCUGAAAUUCAACAGUUGCACUUUUUUGGCUAUCGAGUUCAGUGGUUGUUGAGUUUUAGUCUCUUGUACAGCUGUGAAUGACAAAGAAACCGAACAAGAAGUGACACCCCAAUAUUUCUGCUCUAUUUUUUCCCAGAGUUUUAAUGUAGCUAAGAAAAGUAACACAAAAGGAUCUAAUAUAAAGUGAUGAGAUAAAGAAGAAGUCCUGAAGGCUGUCCCCAAGCACAAUUACUGAGGAGUAAUUCCUACUGAAGUCAGUGGAAUUUAUUUCUGAGUAAACCUUUUUUAGGACUGUGCUGUAAGUGUUUUUGGGAUUGGGACUGACAUCUCAAUUCCCUUUCUAGGUCAAAAUUAUUAGGGGGUAAUUAUAAAAACUGCCAACAUCUGAAACUGACUGGAGCUUGUUGGCUGAAAUCUACUGCAGUGAUUCUGUGAAAGGAAUUUGAAAGUACAACCAAAGCAGACUUGUGAAAGACUGCUUACUUUUCCUGCAUCCUUUUUUUUAAAGGAUCUAUUUUCUUUUUGCAAAUCUAUUGCCAAAGGUUGUUUCUACUUAAUUAUGCCAUCCCCUCUGCCUCAUAGACGUCUUCAUCAUCUGCAGUUUUCUCCAUCUGUGAAUGCACGGCCCUGCAGUAGUCCCUUGGUGUUUUCUGCCAAAGGUGAAAAGUUCUUUUGUGAAGAAGGUCUUUCUCCCAGAGCUCGCCGACUACCCACUCGUCUAGCCUGGUGUUGUAUAGACUGGGAUCAGUUGUGUCUACUGCAUCCCCUGGGUUCUGGUGGCUUUGGUUCUGUCUACAAGGCUGUUUACCAUGGAGCAACAGUGGCAGUGAAACAGGUGAAGAAAUGCAGUAAAAACAGUUUAGCAUCACGGCAGAGUUUCUGGGCAGAAUUAAAUGUGGCACAUCUUGACCAUCAAAAUGUGGUGCGUGUAGUAGCCGCUAGUACAUGUGCUCCUGCUACUCAGGAUAGUUUGGGCACCAUAAUAAUGGAAUAUGUAGGCAGCAGCACUCUGCACCACGCUAUCUAUGGGACUGACUGCAGGGCAGAAAAAAGGAAGGAUGAUGGGCUUGGAUGUGGCCAUGUGUGUUUGAGCCUAACUCAGGCACUGGGCUAUUCUUGUGACAUUGCUGCAGGUCUAGUCUUUCUCCAUUCACAUUUAAUUGUGCAUUUGGAUUUAAAACCUGCUAAUAUAUUCAUCACAGAACAAAAUGUUUGCAAAAUUGGAGAUUUUGGAUGCUCCCAAAAACUACAGGAUCUUGUAUCAUCAGGCCCACUACUUUCUCAACAAGGUGGGACAUAUACCCAUCGUGCUCCUGAACUCCUUAAAGGUGAGAGAGUCACCCAUAAGGCAGACAUCUACUCUUUUGCUAUUACACUCUGGCAAAUGGUUACACAGCAAGAACCUUAUUUGGGUGAGCGUCAGUAUGUACUCUACUCUGUUGUCGCUUGUAACUUGCGCCCCUCUCUGACUGCAGCUGUGUUUAAAGGUUCAGCCACUGGACAACAGCUUGAAAGCAUAAUUGAAAUUUGUUGGAAGUCUGACAUAGCAGAACGUCCUACUGCAGACCUUCUCCUCCAGAAUCUUCACUCUCUGUCUCUAACAGUAUAAAAAAUACUGGCUUGUGUGUGUGUCUGCUUUUACUGUUUACUAUUUUCUUAGCUAAAUUCGUGUGUUAUUGCUUUGACCUCUCAGGAUUCAAAGCAAGUUUAAAAAAUGUUACUGGUUUUCAGAUUUUCUACAAAUAAAACUCUGCAGAAUACUAGUAGCAGGUUUGAGAAUGCUCUUCUCGGCAGAAUAACAGCACGAUGUACGUGAUUAAGCUGUCCAAUUUUUGUUGAUGUUGAGAAGGAAAGUUGCAUGCUUGUAAUGCCCAGUAUCUAAAAUCUGGAAUACUGUAAUCAGCAUAUUUAGUGUGGGACAGUAAUAAUCCUAGAGUUCCUUAGUAACAAUACAUAGGACUGGGUUGCAUGAUUGCAGUUUAAAAUGGUUAGAUAAAAACAUUUGUCCUUUUUUUCUCUCUGACUAUGGUGGUAUCUCUCUGUGUGAACUGAGCUAGAAAUUAGAACACCUUAUUUUCUAGAUACUGCUGAGUGACAUGACUUUCAAGGAUAAGAACAGAUUUACAAAUACAGUCGCCACUCUGUUUUUGUGGGAGAUCCGUUCCACACACAUACACCCUGCGAAAACAGAAACUUGCUGAUAUUCAAGCCCCAUUGGUAUGGGCGUGCUGCAUAGGAACAUACCCCAUUUUUCCCCUCCAUUUGCCACUCACU